CACAGACAAGCCGGUAUAGCAUCCUUACGUGCAGGCUCCAUUGUGACUCUUGAGCCAUCUCACUGACCAAAAAUCACUCCCUAUCCAUCUUUGGUUCAUCUGUUCCCAAGGUCACCUACACCAAACCCUUCCACGCGCCGCUGCGCCUACCGCCAUCAUGUCGGACCCCGACUCUCUCACAAAUUGUCGCUUCUAUGAAGAAAAAUACCCAGAGAUCGAAAGUUUCGUCAUGGUCAACGUCAAGCAGAUAGCAGAGAUGGGUGCCUAUGUCAAACUACUCGAGUACGACAACAUCGAUGGAAUGAUCCUACUCUCCGAAUUGUCUCGAAGACGUAUCCGAAGUAUCCAAAAGCUCAUUCGAAUUGGCCGUAACGAAGUGGUGGUUGUUCUUCGAGUAGACAAAGAGAAGGGUUAUAUCGAUCUGUCCAAACGAAGAGUAUCAGCCGAAGAUAUCGUUCGCUGCGAAGAGAGAUACAACAAGAGCAAGUCGGUCCACUCGAUCAUGCGACACGUUGCCGAAAAGACAAAGACGCCAAUACUCAAACUAUACGAAGACAUUGGAUGGCCCCUCAACCGAAAAUACGGCCACGCCAACGAUGCUUUCAAACUGUCCAUUACCAACCCGGAUGUGUGGAACGACGUCACAUUCCCCAACGAUGUUGUCAAGGAGGAGUUCCAGCAAUACAUUGGAAAGAAAUUGACACCUCACCCCACCAAAGUCCGUGCCGACGUCGAAGUGACUUGUUUCAAGUAUGAUGGAAUCGAUGCAGUCAAAGAAGCCCUCCGCAAGGCUGAGGCCAACAACACACCAGAUACCCAGGUCAAGGUCAAGCUGGUUUCUCCUCCACAUUACGUUCUCACCAGCCAGUGUCUCGACAAGGCUCAGGGCAUCCAACUACUGGAGCAGGCGAUCAAAGAUAUUGACGAGGAGAUUAGUGGGUCAGGAGGAGCAUGUGUGGUCAAGAUGGCGCCAAAGGCUGUCACAGAGCAUGAUGAUGCUGAACUCCAGGCAUUGAUGGACAAGAGAGCCAAGGAGAAUGAAGAAGUCAGUGGUGAUGAAGAUCUCAGCGAGAGUGAUGAAGGUCCAGAAAUUGCAUGAGUAUGAAUAUGAACGUCGACAUGUGUGGAAACUGGCGUUCAUUUUGGCGCUGGUGAGGUUCCCAUACAUUUGACGGGGACUUGCAACCAGGGACAGGCUUCACCAUCUGUACACAGCGAUAGAGAGUUGGGACCGUCUCACUGAGCCAGAAAAGGUAUGGGGGAUGAUUCAAGUAUCACACAGCAUCCAUAUUUGAGCCAUUCUUGACCUGUUUCAUGUGGAGGCAAGCAGCGCGCAGCCAGACCAAGCAUAGUCUUGCUCUAUCAAGACUCGGUCAACCAAGAUAGUCCCAUUAGACUAAAACAUAUGUCCAAAGACGACCAUGACCUG